AUGUUUAAACGUGUUGGUGAACACGCUGUGCGUUGUACUUGCAGGAGAAGUGCGAUUCGGAGACAGGUCGCUGUCCGCAAGUUUUCUGUCUACAACAGCCCAAACGCGCCUGCAACUUCUACUGCGUCUCCUUUAGGAGGGCUUACAACUGAGCUAGAUCGAAUUGCCCCUCGAUUUGAGGUACCAUCAUCGAAAAUUACGAUCCUUGAUUCACCCAGCUCUUUUUAUGAAACGCUCAAGCACAAAAUCAGAAAUGCACGAAGACGAAUAUACCUUUCAACUUUGUAUAUUGGCAAGACAGAACACGAGCUAGUUGACACCGUGAACCAAGCAUUGCGUGAUAACCCGAACCUUCAUGUUUCAAUUCUUACCGAUUGCUUGCGAGGCACUCGAGAAACCCCGAAUCCUUCAUCCGCUUCGCUCCUUGCACGCUUGGUUGAGGAACAUGGCUCAGAUAGAGUGGAAAUCCGCAUGUUUCAUACACCAAAUUUGACCGGCUUGCGAAAGAAAGCAAAUCUAUCAGAGGACUAUUUCACAAAUCGUGUUGACCGAUACCAUGUCUUCAACUCCAAAGAGCUAACUGAUUACUAUGGCAAAAUUCAUGAUGCAAUUUGUCACCUGAGUUUUCAGGUUCUCCCGAAUGCUGAGAAUAUUGCUGGCUAUGAAUUGGUGUGGCCUUCCUCAAAUAGUGCGCAUUCGCCUCUAGACGACCCGGAAGGGUUUAUAUCCCAGUCCUCUUCGGCUUUACACUCAUUGAUUCAGCCAAGAUCUCAAGAAAAAGCCGCACUUGUACCUACAUCAGAGAAGACUCUUGUAUAUCCCGUGGCGCAGCUGACUCCACUGCUGAAGCCUGAUACAUCUACCGAAUUCCCCGCUGUCACGAGCAUUCUUCGUUUGCUUACGAGCUCUCCAAUGUUCAGAAAUUCGCAUUGGCUUUUUACUGCUGGCUACUUUAACAUCCACCCCACACUUUCGUCUUUACUUAUAGAGAGCACCUCUUAUAUACCCACGACAGAGCAACCUGCAACCAAAACACAAGGCACCGUCCUCACUGCAUCACCAUGGGCUAAUGGUUUCUAUGGCUCACCGGGAAUAUCUGGUAUGCUACCAGCUGCAUACACACAUCUAUCGGCACGGUUUCUGGAUCGUGUCGCCGAGGCCCAGCGGACAAAUUCGAUUCAACUCAGAGAGUGGCGCCGGGGUACUGUUGGUGAACCAGGUGGCUGGACUUAUCAUGCCAAGGGUCUCUGGAUCACAUUACCAAAUGACAAAUAUCCAAGUUUGACUUUCGUUGGAAGCAGUAACUACACUAAACGAAGCUAUGGUCUUGACCUAGAAGUUGGAGCUCUGGUUGUCACAUCUGAUGACAAGUUGAAACAGCGUUUGCAUGAGGAGACAGAAUGGCUGCAGGAGAAUUCAAAACCUGUUUCGAGAGAGGACCUUCGCCGGACAGAACGCAGAGUUGGAUGGAACGUGCGACUCGCGAUGUGGAUCGUGGAGAAAGUUGGUGGCGCAUUGUAA